GGACGCAACCAUUCUGGAGGUUCGCUGCUGUGAUUACGCUCCUCAAGCGUUUCCGCGCGACUGUGACGACGACCACAUUAACAACCGUCUAUCUGGUUCUGGUGUGUUUUACAUUGGACUUAUGCCUGUUCGGAACCGACACCUUUAUUUUUCGUCAGUUUGAAGUGUGCCAACCAACCCUGGCGGCCGUUUUGGUAUAACCAAAAUGGCGCCCGCUCGCUUCCUCGACGCUGAUCUGAUCGCUCUGUAACGAUUAUCCGGCUAGUUUAGAUUUUAAUCCCAAUUUCGUCGCAUUUCUUCGCUCGGAGGGAGGGAGGGGGGGUCUCACUGGCCAAACACACGGCAGCGCCGUCAUGUCGGACUCGGAGGAGGACACCCAGGACCGACAGCUUAAAUUUGUUGUUAUCGGCGACGGCGCUUGCGGGAAGACUUCACUCGCCACCAGGUUUGCUCAGGAGGCCUUUGGGAAGCAGUAUAAACAAACCAUCGGCCUCGAUUUCUUUCUGAAGAGAAUAAGCCUUCCAGGUAAUAUGAAUGUGACCCUACAGGUGUGGGACAUUGGAGGGCAAACGUUAGGAGGGAAAAUGCUGGAUAAAUACGUGUACGGAGCUCACGGGGUCCUCCUUGUGUAUGACAUCACUAACUACCAGAGCUUUGAGAAUCUAGAGGAUUGGUUCACCAUGGUGAAAAAGGCCAACGAGGAGUGUGACGUCCAGCCUGUUGUUUGCCUGGUAGGAAACAAAAUCGACCUGGAGCACAUGAGAACGGUAAAGGCUGACAAGCACCAGCGCUUUUGUCAAGAGAACUGCCUCAUCAGUCAGUUCGUUUCAGCCAAGACUGGAGACUCGGUGUAUCUUUGUUUCCAGAGGGUUGCGGCUGAGAUUCUUGGUGUGAAGCUGAACAAAGCUGAAAUAGAGCAGUCCCAGAGGAUCGUGAAGGCCGAGCUGGUCAACUACCCUCAGGAUGAAGGCCCGUUUAGACAAGAGAACUGCCAGCAAAGCAAAAUAUGUUUGGUUCAGUAGUUGGAAGUAUGUUUCCAUGUUAGCAGACCUUAGAUAAGUCUCCCGAGCCGAUGAAGUAGUGUACUUGAUGUAGUGGGUGUAUUUAGUUCAGACAAGAGUUCUUGGAUGUAUGGAACCCUCCUUAAUCCAACAAUGCAACCGCCUACUUUAUAAUAACCAUUAGAGUGCUCAACAUAAAUGAUUAACACCCCAACUGACUUGUUUCAAAAGUUAUCAGAUAUUUUCUAUGCCAUACUAACCUAUGAACACAUAUACAAACAGAUUAGUGUAUGCUCACACAAUAUAUCUUUUGCUAGUAAAUUAAGUUAAUGUUGCUAUGAUGCAGAAAUUAGUUCAUAUGUCUAGCAAAAGAUGUUGUUUUUUAACCAGUCUAAUUUACAAAGAUUCAACUACAGGCGAGUGCAAUCCAAAUUCAGAAAAUUAUUAUGUUCAGCGAGAAAUGGAUAAAGUCAUACUUUUCAAAAUGGGUGUGGACUCAUUUAUGUUCCGCAUGGUAUACGAUCAACAAGUGUCUGCAUUGACACCCACAAGAAAAUACACUCAGCCUUUUUUCUGGAUUGUCUGAACAUUGAACACAUGAACACAAGUGGCACACUGAUACAUGAGCUGCUGUCGACCACAGCUCACGCCCAGACACUCACGCAGACUCGCUGUCAUCACAUUCGACCCUACCAUGGGUCCCCUCUUAAAGGCACAAUUAUAACACACAGAAAGUACACUACAUUACGUACAUUAUUUUCUAAAUAUCUUGUUUUUGCUAUGCUUUUUCCCAAAUACAUAAAUUUCUUUUGAUAAAUUUAAAUUGUGGCGUUAACCCCGUCCCAAAAACACCCCCCCCAACCCCCUGA